GUCAGGAUACAACUCCAAUACUGAUCAGACCUAGAGACCUUCAGGAUGUAUGUUCCGACCAGUGAGGAUAGGAAGGGACGAAUCUCCGAGUGCUUAGAUGAGUUGAAGGAACUAAUGAAGAGUAUAAUGGAGGAUGAGGAUGGAGAGAACUCCAGCAAACUGGAGAAAGCUGAUAUAUUGGAGGUUACUGUAAACUAUUUGAACAAACUCAAGAAUUCAGAUUCUCUAGUUCUUACUCCGAGUGUUACGUAUUCUCACAGGUUUAGGAGCGGAUUCUCCGCCUGUGCUUCUGAGGUUUCAAGGUUUCUGUCCACUCCGGGUCUGGCUGUAGAUAGAAGAGCAGCAAGACGGAUUGAAUCUUGGAUACAAAAGUCCCAUAAACGCGUAAACUCACUGCCCCCUUGCGUUCUGUAUCUGGGAGACCAAGGAAAUAAACCUACAGAAAGCCUCGAAUCUAUUUCAGAUAAUUCCUAUUUUUUCGAUUAGUUUGAAAUAUCUUAUAUUAUACUCCUCCUGUGAUAGUUGUUUA